AUGGGCAAGGAUGGCGACGGCGAGCUCAUCAAGCCCCAGAGCACGACCCCGGUGAUGGACACAAGCCAGUGGCCGCUGCUCCUGAAGAACUACAGCAGGCUCCACGUCCGCACGGGGCACUACACGCCCAUUCCGGCCGGCCACGCGCCCCUCAAGCGCCCCCUCAAGGAGUACCUGCAGUACGGCUGCAUCAACCUCGACAAACCGAGCAACCCCUCGUCCCAUGAGGUCGUCGCGUGGAUCAAGCGCAUGCUGCGCUGCGAGAAGACCGGCCACUCCGGGACCCUGGACCCCAAGGUUACGGGCAACCUCAUUGUGUGCUGCGACCGCGCGACGCGGCUCGUGAAGGCGCAGCAGGGCGCGGGCAAGGACUACGUGUGCGUCGCGAAGCUCCACAGCAAGGUCGAGGGCGGCGCGGCGCGCGUGUCGAACGCGCUGCAGACGCUGACGGGCGCGCUCUUCCAGCGCCCGCCGCUCAUCUCCGCGGUCAAGCGGCAGCUCCGGAUCCGCACGAUCUACGAGUCGAAGCUCCUCGAGUACGACGACGAGCGCCACAUGGCCGUGUUCCACGUCAAGUGCGAGGCCGGGACGUACAUCCGCACGCUGUGCGUGCACCUCGGGCUGGUGCUGGGCGUGGGCGGGCACAUGCAGGAGCUGCGCCGCACGCGCUCGGGCAUCCUGGGCGAGAAGGACAACAUGGUGACGAUGCACGACCUGCUCGACGCGCAGUGGCUGUACGACAGCGCCAAGGACGAGGCCUACCUGCGGCGCGUGAUCAUGCCGCUCGAGGUGCUGCUGACGAACUACAAGCGCUGCGUGGUCAAGGACAGCGCGGUGAACGCGGUGUGCUACGGCGCGAAGCUCAUGAUCCCGGGCCUGCUGCGCUUUGAGGACAACAUCGACGUUGGCGACGAGAUCGUGCUGAUCACGACCAAGGGCGAGGCGGUGGCGGUGGCGGUGGCGGAGAUGAACACGGCGGUGAUGGCGACGUGCGACCACGGGUGCGUCGCGCGCGUCAAGCGGGUCAUCAUGGAGCGCGACACCUACCCCCGGCGGUGGGGGCUGGGCCCCAUGGCGCAGAAGAAGAAGCAGCUCAUCAGCGAGGGGAAGCUCGACAAGCACGGGCGGCCGAACGAGAAGACGCCCGAGGAGUACCGCCGCGCGGUGCCGGACGUGAAGGCUGCCGACGCGCCCGAGACGCCCGCGGACGGCGGGCGGAAGCGCGAGCGGUCGCCGGCGCUGCAGAGCCCCGAGGAGGCGACGGAGCGGAAGAAGGAGAAGAAGGAAAAGAAGGAGAAGAAGGAGAAGAAGGAGAAGAAGGAGAAGAAAGAGAAGAAGGAGAAGUGA